AUGAUUAGCACCAAAAGUUCCACCUUCAUCAAAGCCGAACCAACUUUAAGAAAACAAGUGUUAAAACUUUCUAAAAUCCAAAAGCCUAUUGCUAAAAAAGUUGUUAAACAAUCCAACACAAAAGAGCUCUUUAAACUUGAACAAAUUGAUUUAAUUCUUAAACAAUCAAUUGCCAAGAAGCCAAUUAUUAAUAAACCAAUUAUUAACAAACCAAUUGGUAAGAAACCAAUUGCUCAAAAAAAGGUGAUUGCUAAAACUGUUGCUCCAAAAAGAUUGAUUCUUACAUUUCAAGGUAAAUAUAUUAAUACUUUCAACCUUGAUUAA